UAUACUUCACAGCAGCAAUCUUCGCGUACAUAUCGUGUAUUGAAUUUUUAUGAUCACGCAUCUUCACCUCCAAGUACACAGUGUUCCGACUCGCUGAGACUGAAUUCGUCCAUACUCUGGGAGUGCUACACACACCGACGCAACACCACAGAGAGGAUCUCGGCGCUGUGUCCAACGUAGUCGGAGUUGUAACAGUCUGUGUACGAGCGAGAUCUCUUGAAGCUUGUUUCUGUGGACCAUAUCUGUGACUAAAGUUGACAAUUGUCGACACAAAAUGAUGAGGGUCGUGGAAGCGAUUCCCGAUUAUGGCAGACGAGUCUGCAGGCUGGAGCUUCUGAUCUUGCUAGCCAUAACGUUCUCGCUGUCUGAAAGAGGACUCUUCCCUUCAGAGGCCUACUCGGAAGACAGCACUGCAGAUUUGAAGUUGCAACCUUCCAAAGGCUGUAGAUCAUUACGACCAAAAUCGUUUCAUCAUCUUGAAGAUCCUUCAAGCUUGAUUCACAUGGAUGUCAUCGUGGAAAAGUUUCCCAGCGAACUACAUGGUCGAAGAAUUCUGGCCGAGUCGGCCUCUUCCUCCAUGGAUACAAGCUCUGAUGUACUUGUUGCAGGUCAAGGCCCUCCUGUAUCUCCAAACCCCCCUCCAAGUAACACCCCGUGACGGAUGUAGGAGAGUACGGAUAGUAACAUUUGGGUGAGAAAGAGAAGGAGAUAGUGAGACAAUUUGCUUUGACAAAGUAACGUCAAAUAUUAUUCUACUCAUGUCAUUUCUUCCACAUUGAUCC